CCCCUCGGCGUUGCCUUGACAACCCUUGACGAACCCGGAAGUGGAGCCAAGAUGGCGUCGCGGGAACGGAGGCGGAGAAGCAGCCGGUCCGGGUCCGAGGGCGAGCGGGAGAGGAGCCGGAGGGAGGCCCGGGAGAGCUCGGAGGAAGAGCGCCGGAAAUGGAGGAAGAAGAGAGAGAAGAGCCGGGAAAGGCCGCACAAGAAGAAGGAGAAGAAGCAGCAUCGCUCCUCCUCGCCGAGCCCCGGUUCCUCUCCGGAGCGGGGGGGCCGGGGUCGCGAGAGGCGGGGGAAGCGGAGCCGUAAGCGUUCCCCGUCGUCGUCGCCGUUGUCAGUCUCCUCGGUGUCGUCGCCCUCGCCGUCCCGCUCGCAGGGCGACGCGGGCGAGAGGCUGAGGCUGAAGGAGGAGAAGAAGCAGCAGAAGGAGGUGAUGAAGGCCCUGGAGACCCCCGAGGAGAAGCGGGCGCGGCGCCUGGCCAAGAAGGAGGCCAAGGAGCGCAAGAAGCGGGAGAAGAUGGGCUGGGGAGAGGAGUACAUGGGGUACACCAACACCGACAACCCCUUCGGAGACAACAACCUCCUGGGAGCCUUCAUCUGGAGCAAGGCCCUGGAGAAAAAGGGCAUCGGCCACUUGGAGGAGAAGGAGCUGAAGGACCGGAACAAGCGGAUCCAGGAGGAGAACCGGCUGGAACUGCAGAAGGUGAAGCAGCUGCGGCUGGAGCGUGAGCGCGAGAAGGCCAUGCGGGAGCAAGAGCUGGAGAUGCUGCAGCGCGAGAAGGAGGCCGAGCACUUCAAGACCUGGGAGGAGCAGGAGGACAACUUCCACCUCCAGCAGGCCAAGCUGCGCUCCAAGAUCCGGAUCCGUGACGGGCGGGCCAAGCCCAUCGACUUGCUCGCCAAAUACAUCAGCGCCGAGGACGACGACCUGGCGGUCGAAAUGCACGAGCCGUACACCUUCCUGAACGGGCUCACCGUCUCCGACAUGGAGGACCUGCUGGAGGACAUCCAGGUGUACAUGGAGCUGGAGCAAGGGAAGAACGUGGACUUCUGGAGGGACAUGACCAUCAUCACGGAGGACGAGAUUGCCAAGUUACGGAAGUUGGAGGCCUCGGGCAAAGGGCCGGGCGAGCGCCGCGAAGGGGUCAACGCCUCGGUCAGCUCGGACGUGCAGUCGGUCUUCAAGGGCAAGACCUACAACCAGCUGCAGGUCAUCUUCCAAGGCAUCGAGGGCAAGAUCCUGGCCGGCGGGCCCAACCUGGACAUCGGCUACUGGGAGAGCCUCCUCCAGCAGCUCAAGGCCUACAUGGCCCGGGCCAGGCUCCGUGAGCGGCACCAGGACGUCCUGCGGCAGAAGCUGUACAAGCUGAAGCAGGAGCAAGGCGUGGAGAGCGAGCCCCUCUUCCCCAUCAUCAAGAAGGAACCAUCAUCCCCAAGCGCAGGCAGCAGCCACAGGGCGGAACCGGAAGAGAGCGCCGCCUCCUCCUCGUCGCAGCCGGGACCCUCCUCCUCGUCGUCAACAACGGAAUCCGGCGCCGGUGGGGAAGGGGAUUCGGAGGCGAAAGGGGAGGGGGAGGCGGAGGCGGUGCUGAUGGAGGAGGACCUGAUCCAGCAGAGCCUGGACGACUACGACGCCGGGAAGUACAGCCCCCGCCUCCUCACCUCCCACGAGCUGCCCUUCGACGCCCACGUGGUGGAGGUGGACGAGGACCUCCAGCGCCUGGUCCUCUCCCGACAGCAGCUCCAGGUCACAGGGGACGCCAGCGAGAGCGCCGAGGACAUCUUCUUCCGGCGGGCCAAGGAGGGCAUGGGUGCGGACGAGGCCCAGUUCAGCGUGGAGAUGCCUCUGACGGGCAAGGCCUACCUGUGGGCCGACAAGUACCGCCCCCGCAAGCCCCGCUUCUUCAACCGCGUCCACACGGGCUUCGAGUGGAACAAGUACAACCAGACCCACUACGACUUCGACAACCCGCCGCCCAAGAUCGUCCAGGGCUACAAGUUCAACAUCUUCUACCCGGACCUCAUCGACAAGCGCUCCACCCCGGAGUACUUCCUGGAGGCCUGCCCGGACAACAAGGACUUCGCCACCCUGCGCUUCCACGCCGGCGCCCUACGAGGACAUCGCCUUCAAGAUCGUCAACCGCGAGUGGGAGUACUCCCACCGCCACGGCUUCCGAUGCCAGUUCGCCAACGGCAUCUUCCAGCUCUGGUUCCACUUCAAGCGAUACCGCUACCGGCGGUGAAAGGACAUUAUCCCGUGAGAUGCUUUGUCGAGAAAACGGAUUUCUAGGUUUUUUUUGUGCUUACCGCUUGAGCCGUCCCUGUCCGGAAGGUUCCCGAACUUUACAGAGAAAACGGAACCCCAUAAUGCAGUGAUUCCCAAACUUUUCUUGAGAAACCGAACCCCGUCAGAGUCCCAAACGUUGCCGAGAAAACUCAACCCCAUAAGUUCGGGAUUCCCAAAUUUCGCUCGAGAAAUUCAACCCCAUAAGAUUCCCAAACUUUGGCGAGAAAAUUCAACCCCGUAAGGCAGGGAUUCCCAAAUUCCGCUUGAGAAAUUCAACACCAUAAAGUUCCCAAAUUUUGCAGAGAAAACUCAACCCCAUAAGUUCGGGAUUUCCAAAUUUUCCUCGAGAAAUUCAACCCCAUAAAGUUCCCAAAUUUCGCUUGAGAAAUUCAACCCCAUAAAGUUCUCAAACUUUGCCGAGAAAAUGCAACCCCAUAAGUUCGAGAUUUCCAAAUUUUGCUCGAGAAAUUCAACCCCAUAAGGUUCCCAAACUUUUGCCGAGAAAAUUCAACCUCUUAAUGUAGCGAUUCCCAAACUUUUCUUGAGAAACCGAACCCCGUAAGAGUCCCGAACUUUGCCGAGAAAACGGAACCCCAUAAGUUCGGGAUUUCCAAAUUUCACUCGAGAAAUUCAACCCUAUAAAGUUCCCAAACUUUGCCGAGAAAACUCAACCCCUUAAUGUAGCGAUUCCCAAACUUUUCUCGAGAAACCGAACCCCGUAAGAGUCCCAAACGAUGCCGAGAAAAUGGAACCCCGUAAGUCCGGGAUUCCCAGACUUUGCCGAGAUAACGGUACCCCGUAAGUUGGGUAUUUCUUGACUUUGCGGAGAAAACGAGACCCCGUAAAAUUCCCAAACUUUGCCGAGAUAGCGGAACCCCGUAAGUUGGGUAUUUCAUGACUUUGCAGAGAAAUCCGAACCCCGUAAAAUUCCCAAACUUUGCCGAGAUAACGGGACCCCGUAAGUUGGGUAUUUCAUGACUUUGCGGAGAAAACGAGACCCCGUAAAAUUCCUAAACUUUGCCGAGAUAACGGAACCCCGUAAGUUGGGUAUUUCAUGACUUUGCAGAGAAAUCCGAACCCCGUAAGAUUCCCAAAACGUUGCCGAGAAAACCCAACCCCGUAAGUCCGGGAUUCCCAAACUUUACUCGAGGAACUUGAUCCCAUAAGAUUCCCAAAUUUUGCCGAGAAAACUCAACCCCGUAAGUCCGGGAUUCCCAGACUUUACUCGAGGAACUUGAUCCCAUAAGAUUCCCAAAUUUUGCCGAGAAAACUCAACCCCGUAAGUCCGGGAUUCCCAGACUUUGCCGAGAUAACGGAACCCCGUAAGUUGGGUAUUUCAUGACUUUGCAGAGAAAUCGGAACCCCGUAAAAUUCCCAAACUUUGCCGAGAUAACGGGACCCCCUAAGUUGGGUAUUUCAUGACUUUGCGGAGAAAACGAGACCCCGUAAAAUUCCCAAAUUUUGCCGAGAUAACGGGACCCACUAAGUUGGUUAUUUCAUGACUUUGCAGAGAAAUCCGAACCCCGUAAGAUUCCCAAACUUUGCCGAGAAAACUCAACCCCGUAAGUCCAGGAUUCCCAAACUUUGCCGAGAAAACUCAACCCCGUAAGUCCAGGAUUCCCAAACUUUGCCGAGAAAACGGGACCCCGGAGGCCAGAAACUUGGUUCCGAGAAGUUUUUGUGGAUUCCGGGAACCGAAAUCCCAGGCGACGGACGGUUCGGCGACCAAAGUUUUUGUCUCCAAAUCCCCGAAUGUAUAUAUCUAUUUUUUAGAUUUGUUUUCCCCGAUGUAUAUUAGCCAGGCUUUUAUCUCGUAAUCGAGUCCCAGAAGGAUCCUUUUCCCGUUAAUCGUUGUUGCCAAAUGUUAUCGAUCGGUCGGUCGCAAGGAUCGGAUGACAAAACACUCUCGUCCUCGCAAUAAAUAUCUCUCUAUUUUU